AUGCAAAACAGUUACCCGCAGACUUUACAAGAUAUCUUGCCUCUUCGCUAUAGCCAGGAUGAAUUACAAGAGGUGGAUAUUCAGACCUUGGGUUUAUCAGACGAUAAAAACAAUUGUGAAGAUAACACUAGAGAGCUUAAUGCAGAGAAUAUAACAGUUUGGCAAGAGACGAACUAUGAGGAAACUAGCGAUGAACAUACUGAAGAAGAAAAAGAACAGACAUGGGAUGCACUGCAAAGCAUUUGGAUGACAUUGUAUCUUCUCUCCAUCGCAAAUUUAAUCGAAACAGUGGCACAAUCAGAAAACGAUGAAAUCAAAGACCGCUUACUUCGAGCUCUCUUCGAGAACCUCAGUUUGAAUCCAACACCUCCAACACCUGCACAACCCAGUGAGUUGUUCAGCUUAUUUGUGAUCAAUACGGCCUUCAAAAUUAAAGGUUUUGAUUUUUCUAAACAAAUAAAACAAUUCGCACUGAAGCUAAGAAAUGCGAAGAAUUAG